AUGUUUGAAGGUCUGGUUCAUCAGUUGCUUUUGGGUUACCUGGGUCGAUAUUUCAAGGACAUCCAGAAACGACAGCUGAAGAUUAGACUUGAGGAAGUACUAUUGGAGAAUGUGGAGCUGAUACUCGAAGCAUUUGAUUAUCUCCAGCUUCCAUUCGCACUUAAGCAAGGUCGAGUUGGGAGGUUAAGCAUCAAAAUUCCAUGGAAAAAGCCUUGGGACCCCUUUAUAAUUAUUUUAGAAGAUGUAUUUAUUUCUGCUUCAAAGCAAGAUGAUCAAGACUGGAGUGUUGAUGCUGUUGAAAAAAGAGAAUUUGCUGGCAAAAAGGCCAAGCUAGCAGCAGCAGAGUUGGGGAAAUUAUCCAGACGUGUGAGUGGUGGUCUUGCUGGGCAAUCUUUUAUUUCUCAUGUCACUGCCAAGAUUAUUGACAACAUUCAAGUAGACAUACGGAAUUUUCAUGUUUUGUACAGUGAUGUGCAAAAUGACUUGGGGCAUAUUUCGUUUGGUUUGAAGUUUUCUAACUUGACCAUGAAGCAAAAUCUUGUUGGGCGGGGAAGCGAUUCGAGUUCACUGUCAUGGUUAAACAACACAGAGGUCAUUUGA